AUGGUUUUAUCCCUCUCUGCCGUGGGCCUUUUCGCCUUAAUUUCUGGCGCUCUCGGACUUUCGAAGACCAACCAUCUCAGGCAUGUCGCGCCAGGCUUUCUGACCACGGAGGUAGCUAAAGGGGCACACGCCCAGGGGAGAGGUCGGGCCAAGUUGCGUAGUAACAUGCAUAGCUACGGAUACAACGGGAGCGGCUCGGUGGAAGACAAAAUGGACCUCCUGCGGGAACGAGUCAAAGAGAGAAACAAAGGGGAGCCUGAAUUCCUGCAGGCAUUCGAAGAAGUGCUAUUAUCUCUCAAGCCAUUAUUUAAAAAAAAUAGUGCGUAUUUAGGGGUGUUAGAAAACAUUGCAGAGCCAGAGAGAGUAAUUCAGUUUAGAGUCCCAUGGGUAGACGACAAAGGAGAGCAUAGGAUGAAUAGAGGCUUUCGAGUUCAAUACAGUUCCGUCCUAGGACCAUACAAAGGAGGACUCCGUUUCCACCCCACUGUAAAUUUAAGCAUUAUAAAAUUCCUAGGCUUUGAACAGAUAUUUAAGAACAGCUUAACGACGCUACCUAUGGGUGGUGGCAAAGGUGGUUCGGACUUUGAUCCUAAGGGGAAGUCUCCGAAUGAGGUCCUCUCCUUUUGCAAGUCCUUCAUGACAAACUUAUACAGGCACAUUGGUCCGAACACGGAUGUUCCUGCAGGGGAUAUUGGUGUAGGAGGAAGAGAAAUAGGCUACCUAUUCGGACAGUACAAAAAGCUAAGUAACGCAUUCGAAGGCGUUUUAACAGGGAAGAAUAUAAAAUGGGGUGGAAGUAACAUCCGGGCCGAAGCAACUGGCUAUGGGGCAGUCUACUUUGCAGAAAACGCACUAGCAAAGGUGAACGAUAGUUUGGCAGGUAAACGGUGCGUUGUUAGUGGAAGUGGAAACGUCGCUCAGUACUUAGUCGAGAAGCUGCUUCAAAAAGGAGCCACCGUUUUGACAAUGAGUGACAGCGAUGGGUACAUCUAUGAACCAAAUGGGUUCACGAAAGAACAGCUAGCUUAUGUGAUGGAAUUGAAAAAUGUAAAAAGAGGAAGACUGAAGGAGUAUGCAGACUGGUCUACUACGUGCAAAUAUGUUGAAAAGGGAAAACCUUGGGAGAUCCCAUGUGAUCUUGCCUUUCCGUGUGCCACUCAGAAUGAGAUUGACAAAAAAGAUGCUGACUUGUUAAUAAAGAAUAAAUGCAAGAUGGUUGUCGAGGGAGCAAAUAUGCCAACCCAUAUUGACGCCAUGCAUUUAUUGAAAAAAAGCGGUGUUGUUAUUUGCCCGUCUAAGGCUGCCAAUGCGGGGGGCGUAGCCGUCAGUGGAUUGGAAAUGAGUCAGAACUCGAUGAGACUACAGUGGACCGGGGAAGAGACAGACCAGAAGCUGCAGGCUAUCAUGAAAAGCAUCUACGAACAGUGUGACGGUGCGUCUAGGCUUUACCUUGGCGAGUCUGACCUCGUGGCGGGAGCGAACAUCGCAGGUUUCCUCAAAGUUGCCGACUCGUUCCAGGAGCAGGGCGGGCUGUGA